GGGACGGGACGGACCGGAGCAUUUUUCCCCGGGGGGUCCCCCCCCACCCCCCCCCCCACCCCUGCGCCCUGCGCUCCCCACCGGGGUUUCCGCCGCGAUCCGACCAUGGCCGACGGAACCGGGCUUCAGCAGGGCUCUCCGGCCGUGGGGGCCGCGGGGCUGGUCCCGGCCGGGCCCGGGCCCGGGGGCACCGAGGGCUCCGGGGCGGCCGGGGGAGCCGCGCGGAUCGCGGCCAAAAAGGCGCAGCUGCGCGCGUCCCCGCGGCCCAAGAAGCUGGAGAAGCUCGGGGUGUAUUCCUCCUGCAAAGCCGAGGGGGCUUGUAAGUGUAACGGCUGGAAGAGUCAGAACCCCCCCCCGACGCCCCCCCAGACCGAGCAGCAGACCAGCACCGUCAACCUGCAGGAGCCCUGCCGGAGCUGCUCCCACACCCUGGGUGAUCACGUGACCCAUCUGGAGAACGUCUCGGAGGAGGAGAUGAACCGGCUCCUGGGCAUCGUCCUGGACGUGGAGUACCUGUACACGUGCGUGCACAAAGAGGAGGACGCCGACACUAAACAAGUCUACUUUUCCCUCUUUAAAGGCGUCAACAACUUUGUCCAGUACAAGUUCAGCCACCUCCCGUCGAAGGAGCGCCAGACCAUAAUGGAGCUGGCCAAGAUCCUGCCGCGCCACGAGACCACGCAGAUCUUCGGCCGCACGCUUCUGCGCGCCGUGUUCACCGUGAUGAGGAAGCAGCUGCUGGAGCAGGCCCGGCAGGAGAAGGACAAGCUGCCCCCCGAGAAGCGCACGCUCAUCCUCACGCACUUCCCCAAGUUCCUGUCCAUGCUGGAGGAGGAGGUGUACAGCCACAGCUCCCCCAUCUGGAGCCAGGACUUCCUGGUGGGGGUGUCCGGAGGGCAGGUCCCCGUCCACACAGUGAUCAGCGCCCCCCCGGUGAGCAGGCCGCUGUACUACAGCACCAGCCCCGCCUCCGUGGACCCGGCCACCGGGGGGAGCCCUAGUCCCGCCCGGAAACAGACGGGAACGCUGGAGACCAACCCAGGUAGGACGGGAAAACCCUGGGGGGGGGAUGUGACCGGUGUUUCCGUGCCCAGGUUCCUGUCCAUGCUGGAGGAAGAGGUGUACAGCCACAGCUCCCCCAUCUGGAGCCUGGACUUCCUGGUGGGGGUGGCGGGGGGGCAGGUCCCCGUCCACACAGUGAUCAGCGCCCCCCCGGUGAGCAGGCCGCUGUACUACAGCACCAGCCCCGCCUCCGUGGACCCGGCCACUGGGGGGAGCCCCAACCCAGCCCGGAAACAGACGGGAACGCUGGAGGCCAACCCAGGUACGACA